CAAGCAGUGUAAUUUAAUGGGACAGGCUUCCUUUAAUAAGUCGAGGCAGGGCAAACUAGGUUGCCUACACGCCGGGGAGCCAACCAGUCUGGCUAAUUGCUGUAACACAGAAAUCACCACGCGAACUGUAUAGUUUUUACUGGCUGUCGCGAGAUCCUUAUCCGUUCUAGGUUGCAACCGGCGCGAUCUUUGUUGUCUUCCGGCGCCAUUGGCUGGGCACAAUUUUGCCAAGACGAGCCAAAUUUUGUCCAUUUCGACGCGAACUUGGGAACACAGAGGUCACAGACCAACGCAUUUGCGCCCCACCCUUCACUUUUCUUUGUUUCCACCUCUUCUUUGAUUUAACCUCAUCACCCAACAGUCUUAUCGUCACAAUGGACAACCACCGUUCCCACCAGCCCCUUACAGAAGAUAAUCUUAUCAAACUAAAGGAGCAAAUCCCAUUACUUCCUCGAGAAAGAUUGAACAAAGCGAAACGUCGGGUGCAUCAUCUUAUCAGGUGGCUAGAAAAUCAAUCAAGAAAUGUAGGCAUUUUGUUUGCCGUACGUGCACAAAUCAACAAUGACGACUACGGCUGCCGCGACCACCAUUACCGAGAUCUCGUUUAUAAGGGAAAUGGCAAACCUGACCUCGAUGACCCUAAGUUCUGGGAGGACCAACUUCGUUCUCUCCAGAAAUACAAGCCUGUCGUCAGGAUAAAAGAAGCUAAGGGACGCGUCCGUGACGCACUGACUGGCAUUACAAAAUUGGGGGGCGAAGGCUUGCAAGUUUUAGAAAAUGAGGAGAUUUAUCUCGGUGAGGGUCAAGCCCUCCUUUAUCGACUCAAAAAUGGAGGUUCUACUCCCAACCUCAAAAGCCCAUCUUUUUGGGAAGCCAAAGCCAAACAUUUAACAUGGCUCUGGAGCACUCUUGAGCGGGAAAAGCAUCAACCAUCAAAACUUCCGUCACCGGAGCCACUUUAUCAGCCACCGCCCUCCACUGUUUCCUCAGGGCCGCUUUCUGAGAUGUUGUCUUGGCCGGCCCCGGGACCUUCCCUACCCCGGGAUCUCCCCAGGAGCCGGCCAUGGCGCGAGCCAAGCAGUGAAACCAGCUCCAACUUCUCCAGCGAGACACCUCCGCCCCACCGUGCCCCGUAUCACAAAUUUGUCUGGAAAAGCAGGACAGACGCUUUCCAGGCGUGGAUCGAAACAUCCCCAGAAAGUGGUAUGCCGUCGCCGUCACCGCCGCCGUCGAACCAUCUAUCGUUCUAUGGAGAAGAUUUCCCCCUGGGUAGCAUGAUCAUGAUCUGGCAAAAUCCAGAUUUGCAGAAGUUGGUGGACGCUGAAAAGCGCAACCGGGCUAAAUGGUCUGUAUACCAUUUGCUAUCAGGCCUGCAGAACCAUUGUGGCGAAUCAGGUCGCAACGUCGUUGAGGAGGUAGAUGACAUCUACAUCGACGAACGAGGUGCCCACAGACGUGGCAAUAGAGUAACACCAGUUCCUACGGACGACAUUAUGGAAACUAUCCAUCCUCCUGACGAAAUGGGAUUUUCGCGUGUCCAAUAUGACGCAAUGACCCCUGAACAGCGGCAGGAAAUUUACAGGAAGAAGGCAAAGAUGCCCAGAGAUCAAUGGCUUUUAGCCAGGAAGGAGGCAAGAGAGAAGGAGAUCGAAAUGUACAAAGAGGAUCAAAGAAGGAGAGAGAAGGAGCAAAGGAUGAUUAUUGAUGAUCUUACGUAUUGGGAGGAGAAGGAAGCCUAUCUCGCUGAAAAAUACGCAAGCUUGAUUGGUGCGGAGCGAAAACCCGGAGACGAUGAACUGCCGGACGCUACGCCGUCAAGAGUUUCAAAUAGGAAACGCCGUCACCCAGAUGGUGACGCAGAUCAAGUAAAUUCGCGUGCUGCUACGCGUCGCAAGUUACAACAGCCAAACUCGACCAUCACUCCAGCUUUAACACGACCAACAGCAAGGGCCUCGAAACUACGUGAGAGAAGAACAACCACAAUCGCCGCUUCAGUAAUGGGCAGUUUCUAUGACGAAGGUGUGAGGAGAAGUGCCCGGAUUGCGAGGCCGCCAAGGAACCAUACUUUGCAUGAUAGGUCGUCAUCCAGUACUAGAGGUACUAGAAAAUGAUCGAUGUUUCUGUCGACGGGUCUGGGUCAGACUGAGCGACGGCUCUGGCCGUGGACUGCUGAUGACAGUGGCUCAAGUAGCCCCCAUCGCAUUUACCAUCCACAAAUAUAGUAUUAGAAGAUAAUAAACAGAUCGAAGAUCCUAGCAGGGGAGCUUUUCCGAUAAUUGAAGCAAGCUUGUUGGGCUUGGAUGGAAAGCGGAGUUGAGGCACGCAAAAAUAGCGUGUUGUUAAGUUUUGCAGAGCAUCUAUGUUUCAGAAAAGCUUGUUUGGCUGACCUAGGGGUUGAAUUUACAGCCGCUGCUGUAGCUCCAUUCUGAAAAUAUG